AUGAGGUGCUGCAAUGCUACGCCCUUCAGUCACGUUACGCAGGGAACGCGCAUAUUUACAUACAUCUGGUAGUAUUUGGUAAACAUGGCUGACGUUGAGAAGGAGAGUGAUUCGGUUAAUAAAGAGGACUUGCAAGUUUUGAAGCAACUUGUGGAUGAGCUCUAUCAAUUCCGGGACCACUACUUUGAGACACACAGUGUAGAGGAUGCUGUGAGGAAGCAAACUGAUGUCAAUCAUGAAAUGGAAAAGACUCUGAACCUGCUGAAAGAGAAAGAAGGGCAGUACCAACAUAAUGCUCAGUACCUGCUCCUCCGUGGCCGGUGCCUGGGCGUGGUCUCUGGGUUCAGCGCAGCUGCGGAGGAGAGCCUCUCUCGAGCUGUAAAACUGGAGCCGGGCUUAGUGGAGGCCUGGAACACCUUAGGGGAGCAGUUCUGGAGGAAGGGGGACCUUGCUGCUGCUAAGACCUGCUUCACUGGGGCACUACAGCAGUGUAAGAAUAAGGUGUCCCUGCGCAGUCUGUCCAUGGUGCUGAGGCAGUUGCCAGCAGGAGAUGCCCAGGAGCAAGGGAAACGUGUGCUGGAGAGUGUGGACCUGGCCCGGCAGGCUGUGCAGCUGGACGUCGCAGAUGGGACAUCUUGGUACAUCCUGGGGAAUGCCUACGUCUCGCUUUUCUUCAGCAGCGGCCAGAACCCCCAGAUGUCACAGCAAGCUCUUAGCGCUUACGCACAAGCUGAGAGAGUGGACAGCACAGCAUCCUGUAAUCCCGACCUCCACUUCAACAGAGCCACGCUCUUCCAGUAUGAGGAGAUGUUUAGCUCGGCACUGGCUGGUUACAGUCGGGCUGCGGCUCUGGACCCCGGGUGGGAGGAUCCUUGUGAGAGAGAGAGGCAGUUGUUGGAUUACUUGCAUCGGCUCACUGCCCUCAUUGACAAUAAGGGGAAGGUCAAGGCACGGAAGUUGAGGACCAUGCUAGGUUCCCUCUGUGUUUCUUCUAUAGGGCCAUGCUCUUCACCGCAAUACUGCUCGCCCUCAGGCAGUGUGGGAAUGCUGAAACCCUGCAGUCUGUCAGCCCUUUCUCAUGGACACAACACAGGGGCUGCUGCCAUUGGGAAGGUGGUGUUCAGCAUUGCUUCCGAGGGGCGCAUGGCCUUUACUUUUGGUAUUGUGGACAGCGAGGAGACCUGCUGUGUGGUCAUGGUCUACAAUACUGCAGACAACUGGGGGGUCUUGAUUGGAGACACUGUGGUCAUCCCUGAGCCCCAGGUCAAACGUCAUAGUGUUACACACAAAGAUCAGUCAUAUGACUUUCGCAGCAUACGUGUGCAAUCUCCACUGUUCCUCAUUGUCAAUGGCAAGAGGCAAGCAGCAAGAAGUCAGAUGGCAGCCUCCGUCAGCUACAAGCCCCAGAGUGAGUGAGGGUUCUACGGAGUGAAGUCCAAGCACAGUGUAAGUCGGCAGUUUCCUUGAGUGAGACUGGGACCAACCAAAACUGGAGAACUGUGAAUCUGGAGAGAAAGUAGUGUAAAUAUUUGUCCUUUUGCAUCCACUAUGUUUUAGAUAGAUGUCUCUUUAUAAAUAUGUAUUAAACCUUUUUUUUUUUGUACCCUGUAAUUAUAUGGUGUAAAGCUGUCCCUUGAGGAACAUAAAAAAAUGUUCAUUAAAAGGGAAAAUUGA